CCGAGUCAAAAAGGCUCCGAUUGAAGCGCUCCGACCAUUUGAUAGAGCGACAUGUGUCACGCAAAGAAGGUGCGUAACCGCCAGUUAAGCGAAACCAAAGGUUCCUUCUCCGACACGUUGCGCGUCCGACCACGAAGCACACCCCUGUCUUUUUUUGCAUUUUCCCGUUAAGCGAAAAAAAAAAAAGAAACCUUAAACAAGAUCCGCGUUUUGCUUGAAUCUGGAAUCUACGGAGAUUGUAUUCAAGUUUAAUCGUUUUGCGUUUCACAAGGUGUUAGCGAGAUAUGGCGGGAAGUGAGAGUUUAGAUAAGGAGAUAAGCUCGGCGGUUUCUAGCUGCGAGGCGUAUUUCGAAAAAGUUCAGUCGAGGAAGAACCUUCCCAAGUCUCUUCAAGAAACUCUUAACUCUGCCUUCGCCGGAAUCCCCGUUUCCUCCUUCCCUCGAGUUCCCGGCGGCAGAGUGAUUGAGAUACCAGCGCAAACAUCUGUGUCCGAAGCAGUAAAGAUUCUUUCAGACAGCAAGAUUCUCUCAGCUCCUGUGAUAAACAAAGACCACGAGAGCUCCCUAGACUGGAGAGAGAGAUAUCUAGGAAUCAUUGACUACUCCUCCAUCAUCCUAUGGGUUCUUGAGAGUGCAGAACUAGCUGCUAUCGCAUUAUCGGCCACGUCAGCAACCGCUGCUGGUGUUGGCGCAGGAGCUGUUGGAGCUUUAGGUGUUGUAGCGCUCGGUGCAACCGGUCCUGUAGCUGCAGCGGGGCUAGCGGCUGCGGCUGUUGGAGCUGCCGUUGCUGGUGGUGUUGCAGCUGACCGUGGUAUCGGGAAAUAUGCUCCAACAGCUGUUGAUAGGUUAGGAAAAGAUUUCUAUCAAGUCAUUCUACGGGAAGAGCCUUUCAAAUCAACCACUGUUAGAACGAUACUAAAGUCAUUUAGAUAUGCUCCCUUUGUUCCGGUGUCUACAGAGAGUUCCAUGUUGAGUGUUUUGUUGCUACUCUCCAAGUACCGGUUAAGAAACGUCCCGGUGAUUAAACCAGGUGAGCCAGAUAUCAAGAACUACAUUACUCAAUCUGCAGUUGUUUAUGGUCUUGAAGACUGCAAAGGCAGAGAUUGGUUCGAUCACAUUUCCGCUCUCCCCAUUUCUGAUCUCGGCCUCCCUUUCAUGUCACCCAAGGAGGUUAUUAGCAUUGACAGCGACGAACAUAUUCUUGAAGCAUUCAAGAGAAUGAGAGACAACAACAUUGGUGGUCUUCCUGUUGUUGAAGGGACAAACAAGAAGAUUGUUGGAAACAUAAGCAUGAGGGACAUUAGAUAUCUGCUACUUCAACCUCAAGUCUUCUCUAAUUUCAGGCAUCUUACGGUGAGGAACUUCACUACAAAGAUUGCUACGGCGGGAGAGGAAUACGGUUUAGCUAUUCCUGCGAUAACAUGUAGGCCUGAUUCGACUUUGGGUAGUGUUAUAAACAGUUUGGCUUCGAGGUCGGUGCAUCGAGUUUAUGUAGGGGAGGGAGAUGAGAAUGAGCUUUAUGGAGUUAUUACACUGAGGGAUGUGAUCUCUUGUUUCGUGUCAGAACCUCCCAACUACUUUGAGAACUAUCUUGGCUUCUCAGUUAAAGAAAUGCUUAACCGAUGAUGAUCUCUUGUUUCUAAGCUUUUUGGUCUUCUAUGUUUGUUGUUCUUUCUUGGUUUUUUCUUGACGGCUUGUUCUUUUUUGGUUGAAAUUCUCAAAGUUGUCGUGUUUGAAUAUCUAAACUUGUAAGCCAGUUUCAAGUUUUUAAGGUUUUGUUAACUUUUAUUUGCAAAAGUAAAAUAGAGUAUGGGACUUUUUGAAAUAAACCAAUCACAGAACACAAUUUGCACCACCGUCGUCCACGCCUUUAAUCUGGCUGCCAUGUUUGUGUUUAACUCUUGCAAUGCAAAAGAUAAUGAUGUAUGUUCUGUUUCAAGAUCUCAAUUACGUUUUCUAAGAAAAACUAGACCAACAUGCAGAAUAGAUCUGAAAAUGUUUUUAAAACAUAAUGUAUUUAGUAAAUGAGUCAAAACUUCAAUGAAACAGAGUGUUCUGCUCUACUAUAAAAAGAAAUUACUCAUUCACGAGAGCAAUAUAGAUCAAUCACAUUGCCUUUUUUACAUGAAGAUGCGUACAUAUAAAUCAGCAGGAUGGUCACAUCUCGAUAAACCUUUCGUGCCAAUAUGCCACAGAGUCCCCCCAAAACACUUCAGUGUUCAUUAGAUUGAUUUAUCUUGCAGAUAUUAUACAACUAAGUAUGAACAAUGAAGCGUUAAAGGGAACUCAAGGUGGGAUUUGACUCUUUAUUCGAAUGUCUUUAGAUACUGCUUCUUUUCUUACUCAAUGACAUCACUGACAACCCAAAAUACAUAUUUAUACAUAAUUCUCCAUGGUCUGUUUUUCUCUCUUUGCAAGGGAAUUUCUUAGAAGGGGACCACAUAUUAUAUAUUCUCCACCACAUAUAAAAACAUGCGGGAAAUUUGAAGAUGAACCAAGACGAAAUUUGGGUAAUAAGGAGCUUAGAGUGUUAAAUCUUAUUCUGACUUUUUUCCCUUCAUGUAACUAGAAUGUUAAUAUCCCUUUAUUACUAAAGGAGAAGCAAUUAUAAAAAUUAAUCUUAAAUAUGUAUUUUAUUAACAAAAAUGUCAUUUUAAAUUAUUUUUUGCGCAGGUCAUUACCUAGUACUUGUGUAAAUGUCAAUCCUCAAAUUCUAAAGUUUCCAUCAUAUACAGCUUCAUUUUUCCUUUGGGUAAUUUUUUUAAAAUACAUUUGUUGGCGGCAAAAUCUGCCAAUGGCGCAGGCUCAAUGGCAGUCUAGAAAUGGUGCAUGACGAUGGUCUGUCAGACUAAGCGAUGAAUCAUGACAAAGAAAAAUUAUUCCAUAAUUUUACUUUGCUUUGAUACAACAAUGGACUUCGAUUUAUCUAGUGACUGGAACAUACUCUUAACAUCUGAAAAGUUAUUAUAAAAAAAAACAAAAAGAUGACAACCAACUUUUUGUAACAAUGGAAUUCUAUCAAAUUAACCUUUGAAAGAGAUCAUACUAGGAAAAAGCAAACUGAGUUUACCCUUUUUAUCUUUGACUAAUUUAGCAACUUAUACGGGCAUGUAUAUACAGUAUAGAAACACUAUAAAUUAAUAUUCGAUAAAUUAAUAAAUAUCAUAAAUUAAUAAAUUUCUCCGGUCCCAAGUUAGACGGAUUCAAAAUAUGACACAAAUCGAUAAAAUAAUAAGAUAAUAGUUUUUUAGAAAAUUCUAUAUAAAUAUAUGGUCCUAUUAAAAUAAUAAAAUGAUAGUUUAUAUGCGUAAAAUUUUUAUGUUCACAAUGAAAUUAUUUUUAUAUUUUCUUAAAAGUUAAUAUAUUUUGAUGAGAUUUAGUAAAAUUAUAUAUGAAAUCACAAUUAAAAUUUGUGAAACAUAUUUUAUACACACCAAAUAAUAUAAUAAAAUAAUAUGAAUGUUGAAUUUCAAAAAAUUAAUUAAUGUAUAUAUGCUAAAAUCAAAUAUAUUUUUUAGAUAAAAUAUAUCUUAAAAUAAAAAAAUCUAAUUUUUUUUGUAAAUUAAUAACUCUAUAAAUUAAGAAAAUAUCAAAUCCAAACAUUAUUAAUUUAUAGAGUUUUUACCGUAUAUAGCAAAAUGGUUUUAAAACGAGUACAUAAUUUAUCAAUGUUCUAUCAUCGAGUUUUUUUGGUUCGAUAUAUAAUUUUAGUUACAAUACAUUAUACUAAGAUGGAUUAUCAACAUAAUGUGAAUUUUAGCCGAUAAAAUUCUGUCGCUUAUAUUCUUCUUAUGUAUAUCCGAUAAUUGGUGCCCAGCACUAACCUAAUGACAUUUCCAAUCCUACUCUGUUUUCAACUCCAAACAUCAUUAUGGAGUAAAAUCUUCUCCAACCCCACUCCAUUUUCAACUCUAAAAUGAAGUAAUAGUUAGGGUUACUCCAUUUAUGGAGUAAUUCUACCAAUUACUCCAUUUUGGAGUUGAACUUUUUUUAUUUAUAAAAUGGUCCUUUAAAUCUUUAAUGUUUCUAUUUUUUACUUAAAUAAUAUUUAAAAUGAUACAAUAACAUGAAAAUAGUAUAUUCUACAACAGAUUAUUUAAUAAUUUUAAAUAAAUACAUAAAAUAACAUAAACAUAAAUAAUUAAAAUAAAAAUAAAAAUAAAAAUAACAUAAAAUAAGUAAUUUAAUAAUCUGGAAAAUCCGUUCCGGAUUCGCUAAGGUCGGUGAAAUAUUACUCAAACGGAGAAAUCUGAGAAAGAGCUUGUUGAGCGUGAACUUGAUGCACCAAUUGAACUUGGAAGAGAAGCUCCACCUCAGGAUAUCGAAAUUGCAGAAGAUGAAAAUGUCUGAUUUCAAAAUUUUCUUGCUCUAUUUAGAAAUAUCAAAAAUAAAGAAGUUCAUUUUUUAUUACAAAAUGCAUUAGUUGAUUAUUUGUGGGAAAAAUAUUCUAAUGUUCAUUGUUGAACCCAUGUAUGUUAUCUUUUUUAAUGAUUUCUUGUACUUUUUAAUAAUAAAUAUUUAAUUCAAAUAAUUUAUAUUUUAAUUAUUUAUUGUAAACAUAAAAUAGUUGGAGUUAAUUGGUAAAUUUUUAUAAGUAUAAGAUUUUAUUUGCAAUUAUUAAUAAAAUAAAAAUGAAAUCAUUUAAGAAAAAAUAUUUUUGGAGUAAAAAAUGGAGUAAUACAUUGGAGUAAAACCUUACUCCAUUUUGGUAUUGCACCAUUUUGGAAUAAAAAAUAGGGUUAUACAUUGGAGAUGCUCUUAUAGAUGAAGAAAAAUCAUUGGUGCCAUUAUUUUCCGAGGAUUAGUUUGAGCCUCGGUUCAAAUGUCCUCCGAAUUAAAAAAAAUGCAUCGCAAAAAUGGUAUGUAUAUACGAAAGAAUUCAGUCAAUUACUUCACCAAUUCUAAACAUCUAUAUCAUGUGAAAACAGAUGUGAAAAUUUUUGGUUUUGAAUUUCGUAGUUUUGGUAUUAUUUGUGAAAAUUUAGCUUUUAAAUUUCGUAGCUAAGUUUUCACAAAUUAAACCAGCCACAAAUUCCUGCUACUUAUUGAAAAUUUUCGUAUAUUAUAUGGUUUGUGUUUCAAAUCUCUUGUUUGUCAUUGCUAUUCUGUAUUAAUAUUUUUCAAACCAUUGUUAACUUGACACAUAUAUGUAUGAAUAUGUCGCGAAACUGUCAAACUAUAAUGAUAACUAUUAUUAUCAGUUUGUCUUUUUUUUUAAACUUAUUAUUAUCAGUUCGUCGCAUAGCAAGAAGGGGUUUGUUUACUAUAAGGGCAGCAAAAUGGGAUUUAAAGCAUGGAAUUAAGGAGCAAAAAUAUUGUGGCCGACCUAUGCAGCAUAAUCUCAAGCGAAUUCAUGGAAGUGCGCCCCUUAGGAACGGCAGUUUUCAAAUAAUGCAAAUACUAUAAAUAACGGGAGUAAUAGUUUAUACUGUAAUAAGAGAGUCGUUUUAUUUUGUUGGUAAUAUUAAUAUUUACUGAAAUGUAAAGUUUAUGGUAUAACCUCCAGCUGUGUAAUCCUCUAUAUUCACCCAUUCAUAUAUUUUUGCGACAUAUCAAAAUUAUACAAACAAUAUUUGUAAAUACAAAUUAUUAGAAUUAAUUAUGUUCUAUAAAAAAACUAGUAUAAAACAAUAGCAAGAAUUUAGAAAAGGUGAGGAUAAAUUUUUUUUUUCAUAUUUACAAUUUACAACGUUUUAGGUAUUUGAUUUAUGUUUAUUGGAGUUGAACUUUUAGACCAAGAUUUACAUUAUUAUUUAAAAUUUUGUCUUAGCGAUCUGUUUUGUAUUGCACAUGUUAUAGUUUCAUAUAUGAAAUGUAUGUUUCAACGUUUACCACUUCCACAAAUGAGAAAUGGUCCAAAGUUCCGAAAAAACGUUUAGAACUUUAUUUAUAUUUUAGUAGGGAAUGUGAUACCAUUCAAAAGUGUCCGACAACAGUUUUCAUUGAAGUGUUAUCAUAUUCGUUAUAACAUACAUUAAUUAAUCAAAACCAAAACCGGCAUAUAUGAGUUAUCUAGUAUGGUCCCCAACCCUAAGGUUAGGUCAUAUCAGAUCAUAGCCUUUUAAGCCUACGGAAUCCACCGGAUUCUUGGUUCAGUAUCAGUUAGUUUUACCUAAAAUACACUAAUUUAUAGUUAAAUUUUAACCUGUGAUUAACUACUAAUUAAAUAACUGUCUUCCGUUAUUACUCGAUAAUCUGCCUAAUCUAUUAAAUAAUCUGAGUCAACGGUCAACUACAUAGAGACACACUAUCGCACUCUUUCCUUUGCCUAAGAAGCUACGUCAAAUAGCUUCUUUACUAACUAACAUAGGUACUUACUAGAUUAAGCUUUCUCCAUUUGCAGUAGUUAAAAACUAAUGAUUUGUUAAAUACUCAAUUGUUUUAAACACAAAGUUGUUUUGUGUGUUCGAUUUAAUAAAGUUAUACAUACAUUUUACACUAACAUUCGUGAUUUUAUUUAUAAGCUUCCAUGAUUUAUAGCAUAUACUUGAUAUCUAUUGAGUCGAGUUAUUUCUGGGUUAUUAGUUUUAAAAAUUAGUUAAUGUUAUUCUCAAAAAGAAAAUUAGUUUAUGUUUUCUUUGUAAAAAGUCGGAAUCAGCGGAAUAAUUAAAGGGAAGUUGCACGCGACGUAAGGCAGACCCGUGAGUCAGAUUGUCAUGUGGAGACAGAGUGGCAGUCACGCACGUGUCACGUGUCUUUCAUUUAAUUUAAACACUUCAGACACUUUUUAACUGUUUUUCUUUCUUUCUUUUUUGAAACGAUUUUUUAACUGUUUUUCUUCCAUAAGUUACUAUUUUAAAUCUCCUUUGUUUGUACGUAUAUUUUUAUUUUAAAAAAUCGUAAUUGCAGGAUAAUACGACUGCUGAAAAAGAAAAGAGAGAAAAAAGGAAAGAAAAUGAUUUAUCGAGAAAGUAAAUAUUCGUUAAACUAAUAAUAAAUAAUCCUAAAAUAAGGGAGGGAGAGAGAGAGAGAGAGAAGUAGUCUCUUGGAGAAAAGGAAGGGACGUCGAUCCGAGCCAGAGGUCCACGUCAGACGGAGCUGUAAAAGUUUGAGGUUCUGAUUUUUGCUAACGUGCACACUUUCUUCCCCGUUAAACUUUUUGUCUCGUUAGUAAAAUAAUAUUUGUCUGCAUUAAAAAGUUUCCUGUAAACAAAGUGUUGUAAUAAGGCUUAUGUAUUAUUCAACUCUGAAAUGUUCCUUUCUCAUCACCUUUGACAUGUACGUAGCUUUAAUGCAUAAACGUGAUCACUACGUGAGAUCAUUAUCUAUGCUAAAUGUUGACCUUUAUUUACUUAAGAGUCACCUCAUAAUCAUGACGUACUUGAUUUUUCUCAAAAUGUAAGCAACCAGUCUAAUACCAAACAGUUCAUGAAACAACACGUCUUUAGGGCAUCUCCAACCACAAACACUAUUUUAGUGUUAAAACCACACUAUUUUAGUGUAAUUUCAACACUAAAACCAAUGUCUUCUCCAACCAUAACACUAAACUUCACACUAAAACUAUUUUAUAAUAUUUUAUAUAUUAAGUUUUUUAUUUAUCAUUUAUUUAAUUGUAUGUUUUAGUAAUAAAAUAAGUGAAUAGUAUUUUAGUGAAAUGAAUAGUGUUUUAGUGUGGUGAAUAGUGUCACACCAAAUUUGGUGUCAAAUUUUAGUGUUGCACUAAAAUGGUGUGAUUUUUACAGUCCCAUUGGAGAUGAUUUGGUGCAAAAGUCACACUAAAAUAGUGUUUUGCAGUCCCAUUGGAGCUGGCCUUAUGGGGACCUUUUCCACGGCAUAACCUGUUGGUUGCCAGAGAGGGUCUUGCUUAGAAGCUCGUCAGAUAUAUUCUUAUAGGACCUACAAAUUUUGAUUUUAGAGAAGUAUUUUCAUAAAAAAACGUUAGCAACUCAACUAGUAUGUGUAUAUCUCAUUUAGAAAUGUCUCAGGUUAAAAUCUGAUUUAAGAUUUUUUUUUCAAAUAUUAAUAACAUAGGAGCCAAACAUAUACAUAUAAUAGUCUUAAAUGUCCAGAGCCAGUUUUGAUUGAAUCUUUUAGAUGAAAAUGUAAUUAUAUUUUUCACAAGGGUACGUACAUAAAGAUAAUCCGCCACAACAAACAAAUAAAACAUCACAUAUAUAUUUUCAAAAUUAAACAAAGACUUUUUUUUUUUUUUUGGAUCAAAAUUAAACAAAGACUUGAAUACAUUUUUACACCCAAGAUGUAACUUUUUUUCAAAAAUAAAAUAUUAUUUGUCAAAUUUGGCAACAUAUAGAUAAAAAAGUCAGACAAAAAAUGGCACGAAAAUGUAUAAGAUUGGAACGACAAGCUAAGGACUGCUAAAGAAUGAAGUAUACAUACCAAAAAUGUAGCAAUCAGAAAAGAUUUGGAUAAAUCUCCAAAGGGAUGGGCAACUUGGCUCACUUCACAAUCUGACAUCCACCAAAACCUAUCAAAAAUGGUCCACCUAUCACCCACUGUAUACAUCUCUAAACUCGAUUUCAAAUGUACUUAAUACUAUUAUACAUGUAGGCUAAUCUUAGAAACUAUAAUAUAUGUUUACACACACGAAUUAACACGAUGUUAUCAAUAUACGAAAGAGUCAAAUACAGUUUGGCGGAGAAGUGGUCCCGUGGGGGUAGAGAGUGGUUUCUGGCAGCAUACAAAGAUUAGACCACACCCUAACCAUAUAUUUUUUCGUACCUUUCACUCUCUCACCAUCUAUCUUUUCUUCCAACACUUAUUUCGUUUUAUGAUCUUUUCACUCAAAAAAUCAUAACUAUUGUUUGGUUUGCUUGGUAACAGUACUUGGUCGAGUUUUGUUAAGGGAAUAGAAAGUAGUAAACGAUAACAAAAUACCUAAAACCGACAAGACAUAUUGGUACAAUGAUACUGUUGAGGGAUCACUAUACAGUGGACUAGGAAAGUAUUAUUAGGCUCAUUACGGGUGACUCAAGCUGGAGUAAAAUUAAGAUCCUCAUUACAAAAUAUAUGCUUCAGUCAACUGUUCACAUGAUUUGGAGAGAACGGAAUCGAAGAAGACAUGGAGAGAUCGUGGUUCCUGCUAUUCUUUUGAUGAAGAGGCUGGAUAAGAACAUGAGGAACACGUUUAUUGUGAUUCAGAGGAAGGGAGACAAGGAGUAUGCAAAUGGAAAGCAAUUUGGUUUGAUACUUGAUAGAAUUUUAUUAUAAGAAAGUUGGAACUGUUAGGUUUUGAUAGAUAUUUUUAUGCAAAUUUCAAAAUAGGCUACACUUGUUGUAAAAAUGUCAUUUUUUCUUUGAAUUAAAUUUAACAUUCAAUUAAAAAAACGUUAAUUUUUUUUUUGUUUCUGGUUAGGGAUUACCACUUAUCUAACACAUUUGCGUAUUUUUCUUUGUGUUGUUAUUCUCAUGCUAUUAUAUAAACAAGGAGAUAUUUAUUAUGUUGUAAAUGUAAAUAGCAACGCAGAGGAGAAACACAGCUGAGAUCUUGUUGUAGGAUAUAUUAUUAUUCUGCUUAUUUAGAUUACUUGAGGUUUGUUCGUAUAGUACAAAAACCAACUAGAGAAUAUGAUCAUCAUAAGAUAUUGUGGUGGUAAACAUAUAUAUUGGUAGAACUUUUUCAUAAAAAUGGUAGAAAAUUCGCAAUACUAUAUGUUAAAGUUAAAUGGACGCUUAUGGCACAACCUUGAUAAGCCUAAACCAAACGUAAAAAUAAUUCUGGACUAGUCGUUCCAACAACCUAAUUUUUUCAUAGGUCAGUAUGGGUGUAAAACUAAACAUUUCAAGUAUAAGCAAUGACAUUAACAUUGUAAGACUAAAAUUUUAAUUUGUAUUUUUAGGGUUGGCUUCGACUUAAAUACCUAUGAUGUCCCGAGUCAGCACAUUAGCCUGCUCUACAUCCACUUAUGGUAAAUUAGCUGAAUGAUAAUGUUGUAUGCUUUAUUCAUCCUGAUGCAUCAUAAUUUGUAGUGCGCUUGAAUUAAUAUUAUAACUAGGUGGUGAUCUGCGCUUUGCGCGAAUUGAAUGGACUAGAAAAUAUUAUAACUUUUAAUCAAUAAAUAUUAAAAUGUAAAAGCUAUAGUCACAUAUUAUACAUGUUAUAGAAUAGAAGAUGUAACGUUUGAUAAAAA